UGCUCCGCGCCGCUCUCGGCCGGGGUCCCGGGCCGCUCGGCCUCCCGCAGCAGCACUUCCUCGCUCGCGCCCGGCCCGGCCCGGCCGCCUGCCCGCCUCGCCCGGCUCUCGGCGGUGCUCGUGCUCCGGGAAGCCCAGGCGCGCAGGGAAGCGCGAGCCGCGCGGCCGGGGGCGGGGGCGGGGGCCGGACGCGCGCGGCGGCCCGCGAUGAUGGCGGGGCCCUGGCUCAGGUGGGGGCUGCUGCUCUGGGCAGCGCUGCUGGCGUCCUGCGCGCACGGCCGGGUGCGCAGGAUCACGUACGUGGUGCGCCCGGGCCCCGGCCUGCCGGCGGGCGCCCUGCCCCUCAGCGGGCCCCCGCGCCCGCGGACCUUCAACGUCGCCCUCAACGCCAGGUACAGCCGCGGCUCGGCCGGCGCCCCCUCGGAGCGGACCCGGCGCACCAGCAAGCCGGGCGGCAGCGCGGCCCUGCAGGGGCUUCGGCCGCCGCCGCCGCCGCCUCCGCCGGAGCCCGCGCGUCCCGGGAGCCCCGGCGGCCACCCGGCGCCCGCCCCGUUCGCCAGGCAGGGCAGGCAAGGCGUGCGCUCCAAAGUGCCGCAGGAGACGCAGAGCGGCGCCGCCUCGAGGCUGCAGGUUCACCCGAAGCAGCAGCUGCAGGGGGUCAAUAUCUGUGGAGGGCAGUGCUGCCAUGGCUGGAGUAAGGCCCCUGGCUCCCAGAGAUGCACCAAACCAAGCUGUGUUCCACCGUGCCAGAAUGGAGGGAUGUGUCUCCGACCUCAGCUCUGUGUGUGCAAACCAGGGACCAAAGGCAAAGCCUGUGAGACAACAGUUGCCCAGGACACCUUGUCAACGGCCUUUGGAGGGAAUCCUGGGGCUGCCCCUUCUUGGGGCCCUUCUGAGCAAGCAGCAAAGCACACUUCAUCUAAGAAGGCAGAGACUCUACCGAGAGUCAGUCCUGUGGCCCAGAUGACCUUGACCCUCAAGCCAAAGCCUGCAGUAGGACUCUCCCAGCAGAUACGUUCUCAAGUAACACCCCUUUCCUCCCAGAAUGUGGUGAUUCAUCAUGCCCAGGCCCAGGAAUAUGUGCUCAGGCCCAAGUACUUUCCAGCCCAGAAGGUGAUUUCAGGAGAGCAAUCAACAGAAGGCUCAUUCCCACUAAGAUACGGGCAGGACCACGUGGCAGCACCUUUUCAGUUGAGUAACCACACUGGUCGCAUCAAGGUGGUCUUUACUCCGAGCAUCUGUAAAGUGACCUGCACGAAAGGCAGCUGUCAGAACAGCUGCGAGAAGGGGAACACCACCACUCUCAUUAGUGAGAAUGGUCAUGCUGCUGACACCCUGACAGCCACGAACUUCCGAGUGGUAAUUUGUCAUCUUCCUUGUAUGAAUGGUGGCCAGUGCAGUUCAAGGGACAAAUGUCAAUGCCCUCCAAAUUUCACAGGAAAGCUUUGUCAGAUUCCAGUCCAUGGUGCCAGUCUACCUAAACUUUAUCAGCAUUCCCAGCAGCCAGGCAAGGCACUGGGGACACAUCUUAUCCAUUCUACACAUACUUUGCCUCUGACCAUGACCAGUCAGCAAGGAGUCAAAGUGAAAUUUCCUCCCAACAUAGUCAAUAUCCAUGUGAAGCAUCCUCCUGAGGCAUCUGUCCAGAUACAUCAGGUUUCAAGAAUUGAUGGCCCAUCGGGCCAAAAAGUAAAAGAUGCUCAACCAGGCCAAACGCAAGUUUCAUACCAAGGGCUUCCCAUGCAGAAGACGCAGACCAUACAUUCCACGUACUCCCACCAGCAGGUCAUCCCGCAUGUCUAUCCUGUGGCUGCUAAAACGCAGCUUGGCCGGUGCUUCCAGGAAACUAUUGGUUCUCAGUGUGGCAAAGCGCUCCCUGGCCUUUCAAAGAAAGAGGACUGCUGCGGGACUGUGGGCACCUCCUGGGGCUUUAACAAGUGCCAGAAAUGCCCCAAGAAGCCAGCUUAUCAUGGAUAUAAUCAAAUGAUGGAAUGCCUGCAAGGUUAUAAGCGGGUUAACAACACCUUUUGUCAAGAUAUUAAUGAAUGCCAGCUACAAGGUGUAUGCCCUAAUGGUGAGUGUUUGAAUACCAUGGGCAGCUAUAGAUGUACCUGCAAAAUAGGAUUCGGGCCGGACCCUACCUUUUCAAGUUGUGUUCCGGACCCUCCUGUGAUUGCAGAAGAGAAAGGGCCCUGUUACCGGCUUGUCAGUUCCAGCAGGCAGUGUCUGCACCCUCUGUCUGUGCACCUCACCAAGCAGCUCUGCUGUUGUAGUGUGGGCAAGGCCUGGGGUCCACACUGUGAGAAAUGUCCUCUCCCAGGCACAGCUGCUUUUAAGGAAAUCUGUCCUGGUGGAAUGGGUUAUACGGUUUCUGGCGUUCAUAGACGCAGGCCAAUCCAUCACCAUGUAGGUAAAGGACCUGUAUUUGUCAAGCCAAAGAACACUCAACCUGUUGCUAAAAGUACUCAUCCUCCACCUCUCCCAGCCAAGGAAGAGCCAGUGGAGGCCCUGACCUUCUCCCAGGAACACGGGCCAGGAGCGGCGGAGUCAGAAGUCGCAACUGCACCCCCUGAGAAGGAAAUACCUUCAUUGGAUCAAGAAAAAAUCAAACUCGAGCCUGGCCAACCCCAGCUCUCACCAGGCAUUUCAACUUUUAAUUUGCACCCCCAGUUUCCAGUAGUAAUUGAGAAAACCUCCCCCCCUGGGCCCGUGGAAGUAGCUCCUGAAGCUUCCACAUCCAGUGCCAGCCAAGUGAUUGCACCUACUCAAGUAACAGAAAUCAAUGAAUGUACUGUGAAUCCGGAUAUCUGUGGAGCAGGACACUGCAUUAACCUGCCAGUGAGGUACACGUGCAUAUGCUACGAAGGCUACAAGUUCAGCGAGCAGCAGAGGAAAUGUGUUGACAUUGAUGAAUGUACUCAGGCCCAACACCUCUGCUCCCAGGGACGCUGUGAAAACACGGAGGGAAGUUUCCUGUGUAUUUGUCCAGCAGGCUUUAUGGCCAGUGAGGAGGGAACUAACUGCAUAGAUGUGGACGAGUGCCUGAGGCCAGAUGUAUGUGGCGAUGGCCACUGUGUCAACACCAUGGGUGCCUUCCGGUGUGAAUACUGCGACAGUGGGUACCGCAUGACCCGGAGAGGCCGUUGUGAGGAUAUUGAUGAAUGUUUGACUCCAAGUACUUGUCCAGAUGAGCAGUGCGUGAACUCUCCUGGAUCUUACCAGUGUGUGCCCUGCACAGAGGGGUUCCGAGGCUGGAAUGGACAGUGCCUUGACAUAGACGAAUGCCUGGAACCAAACGUCUGCGCCAAUGGUUCCUGUUCCAACCUCGAAGGCUCCUACAUGUGCUCCUGCCACAAGGGCUACAGCCCUACGCCAGACCACAGACACUGUCAAGAUAUUGAUGAAUGUCAGCAAGGGAAUCUGUGUAUAAAUGGGCAAUGCAAGAACACAGAAGGCUCCUUCCGGUGUACCUGUGGCCAGGGGUAUCAGCUGUCAGCAGCAAAAGAUCAAUGUGAAGAUAUUGAUGAAUGCCAGCACCACCAUCUCUGCACUCAUGGCCAGUGCCGGAACACAGAGGGCUCCUUCCAGUGCGUGUGUGACCACGGCUAUCGAGCAUCUGCACUUGGAGACCACUGUGAAGAUAUCAAUGAGUGCUUGGAGGACAAGAGUGCAUGCCAGGGAGGAGACUGCAUUAAUACUGAUGGGUCAUAUGAUUGUACUUGUCCAGAUGGAUUCCAGCUAAAUGACCACAAAGGAUGUGAAGAUAUUAAUGAGUGUGAGCAGCCAGGGCUCUGUGGUCCUCAUGGGGAAUGUCUAAAUACAGACGGCUCUUUCCACUGUGUCUGUGAACAAGGUUUCUCCAUCUCUGCAGACGGCCGCACUUGUGAAGAUAUUGAUGAAUGUGUAAACAACACUGUGUGUGACAGGCACGGGUUUUGUGACAAUACAGCUGGCUCCUUCCGCUGCCUCUGUUAUCAGGGCUUCCAAGCCCCCCAGGACGGGCAAGGGUGUGUGGAUGUGAACGAAUGUGAACUGCUCAGUGGCGUAUGUGGGGAAGCCUUCUGUGAAAACGUGGAGGGGUCCUUCCUGUGCGUGUGUGCUGAUGAAAACCAGGAGUACAGCCCCAUGACCGGCCAGUGCCGCUCCCGCUCCUCCAGAGUUUUAGAUGCAGGUCCGCCCAAAGAAGAAAAGAAAGAAUGCUACUAUAAUCUCAAUGAUGCCAGUCUCUGUGACAAUGUGUUGGCUCCCAAUGUCACCAAACAAGAAUGCUGCUGCACAUCAGGUGCCGGCUGGGGAGAUAACUGUGAGAUCUUCCCUUGCCCAGUGCUGGGGACCGCUGAGUUCACAGAAAUGUGUCCUAGAGGGAAAGGUUUUGUCCCCACUGGAGGAUCCUCCUAUGACAUUGGUGGUGAGAACUAUAAAGAUGCUGACGAAUGCCUACUUUUUGGACAAGAAAUUUGCAAAAAUGGUUUCUGUUUGAACACUCAGCCUGGUUAUGAAUGCUACUGUAAGCAAGGGACAUACUAUGAUCCUGUCAAACUGCAGUGCUUUGAUAUGGAUGAAUGUCAAGACCCCAGUAGUUGUAUUGAUGGCCAGUGUGUUAAUACGGAAGGCUCUUACAACUGCUUCUGUACCCACCCAAUGGUCCUGGAUGCAUCAGAAAAAAGAUGCAUACAGCCAACUGAGUCAAAUGAACAAAUAGAAGAAACUGACGUCUACCAAGAUCUGUGCUGGGAGCAUCUGAGUGAAGAAUACGUGUGUAGCCGUCCUCUUGUGGGCAAGCAGACCACAUAUACCGAGUGCUGCUGUUUGUACGGAGAGGCCUGGGGCAUGCAGUGUGCCCUCUGCCCCAUGAAGGACUCAGACGACUACGCCCAGCUGUGCAACAUCCCUGUGACAGGACGCCGGCGGCCGUAUGGACGAGACGCCCUGGUGGACUUUAGUGAACAGUACUCCCCAGAAGCGGACCCCUACUUCAUCCAGGACCGAUUUCUGAAUAGCUUUGAGGAGUUACAGGCAGAGGAAUGUGGUAUUCUCAAUGGGUGUGAAAAUGGCCGGUGCGUGCGGGUCCAGGAAGGUUACACCUGUGACUGCUUUGAUGGGUACCACCUGGACAUGGCCAGGAUGACGUGCGUGGAUGUCAAUGAGUGUGAUGAAUUGAACAACCGGAUGUCUCUCUGCAAGAAUGCCAAGUGCAUUAACACCGAAGGUUCCUACAAAUGUUUGUGUCUGCCAGGCUACGUACCUUCUGACAAGCCCAACUACUGCACCCCACUCAACACCGCCUUGAAUUUAGAAAAAGACAGCGACCUGGAGUAAAUGAGUCCACAUAACCUAAGCCCAUGUAUUCUGCACUGUGUAAAGGAAAAGGGAGAAAUAUAUUAUACUUGAGACAUCGCACCUAAGCCAGAACGUUGCAGAUUUGGAAACAGCCUGGAGUUGCACGUCCUCCAAAGACAGUGAGAAGAUUUAGUAGCGUCUGACUGGUGAAACAGACCAAAUGGACAGUUUUCUAAAAAUCCAGUAUAUAUAGUCUGUUCAUAUGUAAAAUUCAGUGGAAAAGAGGCAGAACAGUGCUGUUAUUUUAAACAGAAGGCUGUAUUAUUAUGUUGUUUUGUUUUAUUAUUUUUUUUUACUAUUGCUUAAAUUUGGCAUUUAAAUAGUGUUGGAAAUGUUUUAUGUAUGAUUUUCUUUCUUUGGUUGUGCAGUUCCUUGGCUACUGUUUUUCCUUUUUCUUCAGAUUGUUAUUAAACUCUCCAAUGCAAAAGUCUUUCGUUAAAUAUUGUUAAGCUGUAUGAUGUUUUGUGACUCAGGAUUUUGCUAUUCCUGGUCUAGAGCAUUUUAAAAAUUAAAAUUGUCUGUCCUGUGGAGCAGGCAGUGAUUUUGUUUCAAAACUUUUAUACACAUUUGGAGAAAAAGCUUUAUAUUUUCCAUGCAUUGUCUGAUUUUCAUGUCCAUUCUUAGCCAAGCAGAUGUCAGUUGGAUCUUUUUUCCUUCAUUGACAUGGAAGAAUUUAUGAGCUUACACUAGUCUUGUAAGAUGUAAAGUAAGCCCAGCAAAUUUAAAAAACAAUCCCCAAAUAUUUACUAUUGUAUGUUAAAGCAAAAUAAAUCACCAUUUUUGUAGAAAAAAACAUCUACUUGACUGAUUCUCAGCACGUGCACACCACAAGUCGCGUCCUGCCAGCUGCGCUGCCCUUUCCUUAACCCGAGGUCCUCUGAAAGUCGACUCGUCUUGCAAGGGAACCAUGAGUUCCAUGUUGGGGCCUAAAUUGUUUCUCUAAAAUUCAUAUGUUAAAGUUCUGAGGCCCGUUACUUCAAAAGAGGUCUGUAUUUGGAGACCGGAUCUAGAAAGAGGAAAUUAAAGUUACACAAAGUCAGUGGGGGUGAGCCAUAGUCCAACCCAGCUGGUGUCCGUCCGUCUGUACAGCAUAGAUCAGGACACACAACAGAGGCUGUGUGAAGACCAGGAGAAGAUGGCAAACACACGAGAGGGGUUUGGAGAUAAACCAAGACGAGGAAUCAACCCUGUGAAAACCUUCAUCUGGAACAUUUAGCUUCCAAAAUUGUAAGGAAAUAAAGUUCUAUUGUUUAAAUCA